AUGUCCAGAAUGCUUGAUGUUCUGCAAAUGAUGGAGGAGGACGUCCUCAAGUUCCUUGCUGCAGGAACCUACUUAGUUGGCACCAACCUGGAUUUCCAGAUGGAGCAGAAUAUCUGUAAGAGGAAAAGUGAUGGAAUCUGUAUCAUAAGUAUAAAGCGGACUUGGGAGAAGCUCCUUGUGGCAGCUCGAGCCAUUGAGGCCACUGAAAAUCCUGCAGACAUCGGCAUCAUGUCCUCUUGGCAUACCAGCCAGUGGGCUGUGCUGAAGUUUGCUGCUGCCACUGGGGCUACUCUUAUCACUGGCCGCUUCAUUCCUGGAACCUUCACUACCCAGAUCCAGGCAGCUUUCCAAGAGCCACAUCUUCUGGUGGUUACUGACCCCAGAACUGAGCACCAACUCCUAACGGAGGCAUCUUAUGUCACUCUGCCGACCACUGCUCUGUGCAGCACAGAUUCUCCUCUGCACUAUGUGGACAUUGCCAUUCCAUGCAACAAUAAGAAAACUUACUCUGUAGGUCUGAUGUGGUGGAUGCUGCUCCGGGAAGUGCUGCACAUGCAUGGCACCAUCUCUUGUAAACACCCAUGGGAAGUCAGAUAG